AUGUCCAGUGCAACGAAUGACUUCAUUACGACAUUCGCCAUCUUCCAGCCUACUUUCAAAGUCGAGCUCCAUUUCUACCGUGUCUAUCAUUUCUACCUUCCAGUCAGUCAUUCAGGCUUCAUACAUAAUCUAAAGAGCCUCGUCUUGGCCGCUCAACAAGGUGAAUCUAGGCGCACCCAACUUGUCCUUUCCGUUCAAAAACGUCAACUCCAUCACGAAAAGAUACUCCACCACUUUGGCUCCUGCUUUGGUAACCAAUUCUCCUGCUGCGCUGGCACUUCCGCCUGUGGCCAAGAUGUCGUCCACAAUCACAACAUUAGCGUCUUUGGGGAUCACACCCUCCUGGAUCUCGAAAACAUCGCUGCCGUACUCCUUCUUGAACUCGGCAGACAAGGUAGGGCCAGGCAACUUUCCUGGUUUUCUCACUGGAAUGAAACCAGCACCCAAGGCCAAGGCCAAAGUAGGGCCGAAAAGGAAGCCUCUGCUCUCCAAGCCCACAAUGUAGUCGACUUUUGUUCCUUGCAAGUGCAACUUGAAAGCAUCCACCAAUUUUUGGAACAAGUCAGGUUUGGCAAAAAUAGGCAAGAAGUCCUCGAAAAGGAUACCCUCUUGCGGGAAGUUGGGGAACUGCUUCAAAGAAGACUUCAAUUCUUUGGCGAUUGCGGCAAUUUCGCUGGUCAUAGUUAA